AUGGCUUCCAUUCAGCUCGUCACCAUAUUAUCACUCCUUGCCACGUCUCAAGCUUGGAACUUUCAGGAAGUACACACUCGGAAUAUUUUGGAUUCCAAAGCCAACUUCGAGGAUUUCCUUAUGAACAGGACUCGUGAUAUUGUGUGUGCCUUGGAGGUUCACGUGAUUCAUCUCUACUUCGACCCGUGUUACUUACGGGGCCUUGCGGAUGAUGCUAUUAAAAUCUUGAGUGAAUGCAAAUCCGCACCCCUGUUUGUACGAACUGUUGGCGAGACACAUCGAUACCGGGAAAUCCACUUUGUUUCGGUUCAUGUUUUCAUAAUUAAACAGGCGAAUAUCGAAAACAUCCUUAAAUCUACGAAUUCUGUGGAAAAGUGUACGAGGCGAAAGAUGCUGUUGAGAUAUAUAUUCACAUUUUUCGAUAACACGGUAACGAGUGAGGAGGUGAGCAGAUUGGCAAUGUAUCUUUUCAAAACGUUGUGGAGGAAGCAGGUCCUUAACGCAGUGGCGGUUUUCAAAACAAAUACAAUCGAAGUUCUGGGAUACGACCCCUUUUCAGCGCGCGGGAAUAUAACGAUUGUGAAUUUAACCAACGUCGAAUAUAAGGCACUUUUUCAAAAUAAUGUGAGAAACUUGAACGGUUUGCCCAUUCGGAUUGCAAUGUUUGAUGACCCCGUUCGAUCUGUCCCAAGGAAGGACGGAUUAGGAUACGACGGAGCUGAUGGGUACAUUGCAAGAACCAUCAUUGACCACCUCAAUGCGUCCGUGCAGUAUAUUUACCCAAAGGAUGCUGAUAUCUAUGGGACAUACAAUUCUGGCGCUCUGGGAGACGUGGCUGCAGGGCGAGCUGAUAUUGGAUUCAACGCAAGAUAUGUCACUUUGGAGGAUGCAAGUUAUGUUGAACAGACAAACUCAUUCGAGCGAGUGGAUUUAUGUGUGGUUGUCCCUAAAGCGAAACGCAUGUCAAUGGUGUGCAGCAUUUUCAAUACUUUGUCCGUGUGUGCCUGGAUAGCAUGGGUAGCUAUCUUCUGCCUAACUAUUGGCUUUUUCUAUGCAAUCCAGGAGAUUGAAAAAAAAGUUAAGAAUCGACAAGCAAAGGAUGUUUACAGCUUCACGGAAAUAGUCCUGCUUCUAUUCCAAUUGUUCUUCGGAGAUGCUUUGAUCCGGUUGUCACGUCUCAUCACAUUGCGUUACAUGCUUUUGUCGUGGCUCAUUUUCAGCCUCCUGGUAACAAGCAUGUUUGUUGGAAAACUCGUCAGCUCCCUAGUGCUUGUUCGGUAUGAAGAAGAUAUCGAUCAUUUGAGUGAAUUAGCUAACUCUUCACUAGAAUUGGGAGUUGCAUUUCCGCUUUUAAAGCCAAUGAAAGUAGCUUUAGAUGAUCAUACGUGGAACACUUUAGAACCGAAAAUUCGACGUCUCAACAUGGACUACUUUGAUUAUUUGCGAUACCGUCCCCGAAACUCAGCUUACGUUCUACGCACUGAUAAGGCCAAGUAUUUCCUUGCUCAAACCUAUGACCAGAAUGCAGGUCGCCCAACAUAUCAUAUUAUGGAUGAGAUUGUGGUUUUCGAGGCAAGAGUGUACAUUGUAACCGUCGGUUCAGCGCUGCUUGGAAAAAUCAAUUCGCUCCUCAGUUCGUUCUACGAAUCAGGACUCAUUCAAUAUUGGGAAGGAAUGGCAGAGUAUCAGGCUGUAAUUUCAGGACUGCUUGUCCGGGAUGAGGAUGCAUACAAAUAUGGUGAGAGAGAUCACGUUCCAGAUAGGGAGGCUGAACCUAAAGUAGUAUUGUCCUUGGAACACCUACAAUGUACAUUUUACAUGUGGUUCUUUGGGAUUAUUCUUAGUGUCUUGGCGUUUAUGGGUGAACAUCUCUAUUGGUGGUGGCAUCAAAGACAAAUGGCGAGGCACGAUUCGUUGGAUAUAUUAUUUGAUGGAUAUCUGCCAUGA